UUGAGGCAUCUCUGUGAAGUCGUCAUGGGUUAGCCAUGCCACAAAUAAAAACAUUUCAUACCUACUUUGACAGAAGUGAGUUUGUCAGAAAUUUGACCGAGGUGUAGCGGGACUUCCAAUUCUGGCUUGGAAGCUCCUGGCCUUAGACGUCAGCGUCAAAUACGUCAUCAUAACACGUACUAAUGUCUGGUGGGUGGUAUAUAAACGGACCGGAGCAGCGACUAUUGCAGCAUACUCACAGGACUAGUGUGGUGUGUGCACCGUGGACACAUCGCCAGGAGCCUCAGAAUGAUACGGACCGGCCUGCUGGUUGCUGCUGUCCUGGCCUGCGCUCUGGCGCGGCCAAGAGUGGCGCAGUACGCCGAACCGGAUGCGGUUCCCGUCGCGAUCGCCCCGGCCAGCGCCGCUCAGGGCACCUCGGGCGGCACGAUCACCAAGAGCGAGACCAACCUUCCCGGUGGCGGCACAACGAGUGUCGUCCAGCAGGGCUCCAACACCGGCGGCCGGGCCAGCGGCGGUGGCUUCAACGUCGGCUCCGCCUCCACGAACGCGCAGAGCCUGCAGACGGCGCACGGCACCACCUCUACGUCCGACACUGACGCACAGUCGGUACAGGGCUCCAGCCCCACGUUCCAGGGGCUCCCCGGCGGAGCCGUUCCCUUCGGCCAGCAAGGCUUUAAUCCAGGUCUCUUUCGCCUUGGUCAGCAGGGUUUUAAUCCCAGCCUAGGCGUAUCUGCAUUCCCCGGCGGCUUCCCAUCCCCUCAGGCACAGGGAACAUCUGGCAGUCAAAUCACCAAAAGUGAGACUGUCAACCCCUUCGGCGGAACCAUGAACGUCGUCCAGCAGGGCUCCAACACCGGUGGCCAGGCCAGCGGCGGUGGCUUUAACGUCGGCUCUGCGUCCAGCGACAGCCAGAGCCAGCAGACUCCGUUCGGCACCAGCACUACGUCCGACACUGACGCGCAGUCGGUACAGGGCGGCGGGCCCGCGUUCCCUGGCGGCCCUGGAUUCACUGGUGGCUUCCCCGCUGGGCUCCAGUACCCAGGUCAGCUGGGCGGAUGUAACCCUGCUGCUCUGCAACAGCCAGGACAAGCUGGCGCGGCCGUCCCCAUUCAAGGCUUUGUUAACCCUCAAGCCCAGGGAACAUCGGGCAGCCAGAUCACCAAGAGCGAAACCGUGAAUCCCCUCGGAGGCACUACCAACGUCGUCCAGCAGGGCUCCAGCACCGGUGGAUCGGCGAGCGGUGGUGGCUUCAACGUCGGCUCUGCGUCCAGUGACAGUCAAAGCCUGCAAACAGCUGAGGGUACCAGCACCAAGUCUGACACUGACGCACAGUCGGUCCAGGGUUCCGGCCCCGCAGGCGCUGGUGGUUUCCCGGCUGGGUUGCAAUACCCAGGCCAGCCGGGGGGCUGCAACUAUGCUGCCCUGCAACAACCAGGACAGGCUGGCUUUGGCGUGGUGCCUUUCCCUGGCGGGUUUGGAAAUCCUCAAGCCCAGGGAACAUCUGGCAGCCAGAUCACCAAGAGCGAAACCGUGAUCCCCGGAGGGGGCACUACUAAUGUCGUUCAGCAAGGCUCUAACACCGGCGGUUCAGCGAGCGGUGGUGGUUUCAACGUCGGCAGGGCCUCCAGUGACAGCCAAAGUCUGCAGACAGCUGAGGGCACCAGCAGCACGUCAAACACGGACGCACAGUCGGCCCAGGGUGGCGGCCCCGUAUUCCCUGGUCGAUUUGCAUUCCCCAGUGGAUUUUCGGCUCCCCUGCAGCAACCAGGACAGCCUGGCUUCGGUGUGGUGCCUUUCCCCGGCGGCUUUGGAAAUCCCCAAGCCCAGGGAACAUCUGGCAGCCAGAUCACCAAGAGCGAGACCGUGAUCCCCGGAGGGGGCACCACCAACGUUGUCCAGCAGGGCUCCAACACUGGUGGCCAGGCCAGCGGCGGUGGCUUCAACGUCGGCAGGGCUUCCAGUGGCAGCCAGAGCCAGCAGACUCAGUUCGGCACCAGCACUACGUCCGACACUGACGCGCAGUCUGUACAGGGCUCCAGUCCCGGAUUCCAUGGGUUCAAUGCCGGUCUGCAGUUCCCACACGGCCAAGGCCACGGAGCCAUCACACCGGGCCAGUACGGCAAUGCUGGCCAUCUCCAAGGCUUCCAAGGUUUGCACGGCUUCAAUCCGAAUGCCCAGGGAACCUCCGGCAGUCAGCUCGUGAAGAGUGAGACUGUGAACCAGUUCGGUGGUACCGAGCAGGUCAACAAGCUGACGUCGGGCACUGGCGGCUCGGCCUCCGGCGGCGGCUUCAACGUCGGCUCUGCCUCUGGUGACACCCAGAGUCUGCUGACGCCGCACGGCACUAGCACGUCCUCCAACACGGACGCCCAGUCGGCGCAGGGCGCCGGCCCCACCUUCCACGGUGGGUUCGGGUUCCAGGGCCUGCCGUUCGCCGGACUCGGAAGCGCCACGGGCCGGGCCGACAGCGGUCUGACCUCGGCCAAGACAACGGGUGCGGACGGCAGCCACAGCACCGUCACCCAGCUGGGCUCCUCGGCCGGCGGCAGCGCCAGUGACGGCGGCACCAACGUCAGCAAGUCGUCCGGCAGGACGUCCAGCGUCACCACCGGCGCCGGCACCGAGACCCAGUCGCAUGUCGACUCCGAGUCGGUCCAGACUGGCCGCUAAACUGCCAGCCACCCCAACCCACAGGCAGUGUAAGGCAUCAUCAGGCUCCACUCGAUCCCGGCGGAAGUGUGGCCAACAGUCAUGUGUGCUUGGCUUAUGCAUUGAAGUGUCACCACGCUUGGUGGAUUGAUUGGGCCGUAUAAUGAUGAUACUUUCAUACAUAUGCGUGAUAUUCCAAAAGUUUUGUUGCUGUUAACGUCGGCAAUAAAGUACAUUGAAGGAAAACGAAA